CGAAGGAUCACAGUGAGGGAGGAAGGUUGCAUGUGGUAACAGUUGAGUGGAGGGUGGGAAGAAGCGACACGAGGCGGUGAGAGGUUCUCACAAGCGUCACUGUGCUGGUGACCGUCUUGUUGGUUGGCAGUGAGAGGAAAGCGACACCAGCACAGAGACCACAGGACAGGAGGGACUUUGUGAGUGUAACCUAAGAGGGAUGAGAGGGGAUCCACCAGGCGCCGGCAGUGCGACGUGACGCCCGCCCAGCUGUAGCUUUCCCCUCAUAACCUAUAAUAGUCUGCCCCCAGCGUCCACAACAGAGGAUCUUCCUGGCUGGCUCGUUGCUUUCUUUCCAUAUCAGUGUGUGUCUGUGCGAGACAUGUAUCUUUCACAGCAGUAGCAGGAAAGAUGAGGCUAUCUGUGAGGUUCUGUGUGGCGGUAGUAGCCGCUCUGAGUGUGGUAGUGGCGGUUGAACACGUGGAGGCCCGGGAGAUAAGUAACAACGACAGGAAUUUUGUAUCACCACGUCUUCCCGAGAGGUUGACACGUCUCCCAUAUAGUCACAUUUCCUCCGACGCGCAGAGACGUCAGCGGCCCCGCCAGCACAUUCACUCCAGACCCUACACACAGGAAGGGUUAGAUGAACGUACUGCUUACCUAGCCAGUCAACGCCUCGUGAGCAGGUACCAUUUUUCACGUGGGCAGGCAGACACCAAAAAUGCUCACACUGUUGCAACGAUUCGACAUGAGCCAAGAGUAGAGCAGCAUGUGAGAAUCAGCAUCACAGAGCCUCCAAUAAUACAAGGCUCUACACAUGACCCAGCAGCAUCAGCCUCGAGAACCCACACCACUGGGGAUGAAAGCUACUCACGUGUACACCAGAUGGGUCCCUACACUACACACGAACGUCGACGCCAUCCCUAUGCUCGAGAUUCUUACGAUUCAAGAAACCGCUCAGCCUCGAGGGACAGACUAUACGGAAUUCCGGAGCAGCAUGCUGGUAUUGACAACAAAGUAUCGCAUGGUGAUGACAGGAUGAAUCACACAUCCCUGGCAGCAGGAAUAGGAGAGCAAGUGCAAAAUGCAUUGUUAGCCACCUCCAUCAGGCCAGAGAGACCCUCACAUAAUCGCCACAUGGCACCCACGACACGGACACUCUCAAGCCUCACCAGGGAGCCUUCCGUGACACUUACAAGUGGUUUGUCUAGGGAACUAGACGCUGCAGAUAAACAUCCAUCAAAAGCAAAUGAUGAAAGUGAAAACGACUUGCAACUUCAGGAUUGGCCAGACCGAUGUUGUGGAAGCAGAGUGCCUUUUGAUCCUCGCACCGGCACGCCCACCGGGGCUUUCCAGCGAGUGGCGGCAGCCGGAUCUUUAAAGGUGGUGAGAGUGCCUGCCCAGGACAGUUUCCCUCCCAGCGAAGUGCGGGACCUGGUAGCGACUCCUCUUGACCCCCACACACUGUCUCUUACCUGGACGGCUCCAGGAGGGGAUCUUGACUCUGGCACAGCUUCGGGCUACAUCAUCCGUCUCAGUGUAACACGACACGACCUGCAGGAAUCCCAGUUUGAUGCAGCUCCCGAGGACACCGUGCUACGGACUUCCGAGGCGCUGACGGAGGCAGGAGUGUACCAACCUGCAGGGACUCGUGUGGGUGUAGAGGUGCCCCUAGCGAGGCCACUCCAGAGAGGUCACAUCUACUACGUGGCGUUCAGGGCUCUGGACGAUAAUGGGCAUUCCAGCCAUGUAUCCAACGUGGCUCGGUUCACUAUUCUUGGAUCCUCUACGGUCAACAACUCUGCUGCCAGCAACAGCGUGCCACCCACGCACGAGAGAAUCCAUACGCAGGUACAGGACGCUCCCGGAACAACCGCCUUGCGUGGGUCCACUCGCACAAAAGGCGAAUUUCAUAGAGAAGCAACACGAACAGCACCGUUACCAGGUUCCAACACGGCAAGUGGCCAACAGAGAGAGCAAAUCAGGGGAGGAAUCAGCGAAGAGCAAAGUCUUCGAUCCGUCACACCUCAGGCUGCUUUGGUACCUGAGCCAAGCGAGUCUGAGGGAUCCGAGAAUCAACGAAAGCGAAAAAAGGAUCGUAAGAAGAAAAACAAAAGAGCCAAGAGAAGGAAGGAUGGAAGAAGGAACGGAAGGAGAAGGGAUGGCAGGCAGCGCGAAGGGACCAGUGACACAUCCACUCAAGACUCUGAGGAGGAGUGUGAGCCUCUAUACAGCCUCCCAAGCCAAGAGGAGCCUGUCCGCCUUUGUCAGGCACAUCGUUCCCUGGCCCUUGCCAUCACUUACUUGAUUCAGAACAACGAGCACCACUACCUGGACUACCUGUCGGCAGCGUUACAUUCUCUGGAGCAGAAAAUGCAGCCUUCAUGGAGGGCAGAAACGCGGCGGCCGCAGGGGCAGUGAAGGGCGCCGGGGAGCUGCUUACCUCAAUCCGUCAGGGCAUUUUUCUUAAGCUACUAUAUACUGUAACAACCCGACUUCUCUUACUAUCCAUUUUGUUUUCUUUAGUUGUAUUCCUGCGCAUUAAAAUCAAUCAACUUGUCACCCCAUCUCGUACGCUGUGACAGGUCUGUUAACUGUAAGACCAGAGUAAUCUCACAGGGCAGCCAUGUAAACGUUUCCAAGCUGCUCCUUUGGAAUGACUAACUACUGUGGAAUGAAUACGCGUGCACCUUCUCAAUAAAGAUAGACCUGACUGUUCUCCAGCAGUGACGGCGCAAUAAGAAGUACGAGUAUUUCACGAUUUCUCUUAUGAAAUUUAAAGAAAAACUCACAAUAUACAACCAAAGCAACACUGAAUUUUCAAGUGUAGUACCUUAUUUUCAUCACGCACUCGCACACCUACUUGGCCACGUGUUAUACUUUCAUGAUAUUGGCAAGUUGUUAAAAAAAAUAAAAUAAAAUAAAAUAACUGCCAUUGUCAUUAACUUUUUAAAGUAACACACACACACACACACACACACAAGGAGGCACAGUUAGUCUUCGUAGUUGUAGUUUCCGUAGCAAUACCCCUGAAUGGAUAAUAGGUUUACACUUGAUACUCUUCUCUGACCUUCAGCUUUCUCGCUACAGUACGGUUGUAGCGCCACCGCUUCUGGGUCUCCGGUCAGCUAGUCAUGGGGUCAACAGUGAAUGAAAUAAAAAAAAAAAGAAAACCCAAAUUAUGUCUUCAUUAUUUAAUGUGAAGUCGCUCUUCCACCAAAAUAACAUUCAAUUUUAUAAAUAAAUGAAACAUGAAAAUAACAACAUUUUUGAAAUCAUACGGAUGAUUAUAUUAACAAUGUUAUGGAGAUAUGGUCGUGCUAAAUCAUCACUCAACAGCGUGGUGCUAUGUAAUGGCCAGGACUGAUUGCAAUGUAAGCACUUCAAGUCAAUAUCAUCUGUAUUAAGUUUUAUUUAUACCCACACACAUUAGUGAAGGCCUCAAAGUCAAUUUAGAUGUACUACUUAGUACUUUAUCCCUAAGAUUUAUGUUAUCUGUCAAUUAUAUUCUUGAUUAUGUAUGAAUUUAAUUUCUGAAUUUCAACAGACCACUCAAACUAAUUCCUGAGGAAAGUUGUUACUAAACUUUCACUGUGGUCAUGUUUUGCUUUCACACAACUGAUGAACUUCAGCCCCAUUUUAUGACAGCAACUGCUUAAAAAUAAAUAGAAAUAAAAAGAAAAAUACAAAAUAAAUACUGAUGUUACAGAGCACCAAGCCUCUGUUCUGCCUAACCUCAACACCACAACUGUCUGUGUGAUCAAAGACACACGUGCUAACAUUCACUUACCAAUGUAAAUGAAUUCUUGUUCACAUACUGUGUGAAAAUAUAAUUGAAAAUUACA